CAAACCUCAGCUGCUGCAGGAACUGGGAGGCGGCCCGCCCACACCGACACCUGGACCAACCCGUGUCUUCGUAGGAGGACAGAGCGUUUGUUUGUCUCAGACGCCGCUGAAGUACGUACAUCCAAAGGGAGGUGGAUGACCCCAUUAAAAUUUUCAUACGCUUUAUUUGAAUGCGAUUUUUUUUUUAUCAGAAACUAUGAACCGACCCAGUCUUAGAAGGCUGUUUUCCGCUUGCGAUGUAAACAAGUCCGGAAGGAUCGAGUAUGAGGACUUCACAGUGGUCUGCAGGGAGCUCAGCGUCCCGAACACUGAAGUCCAAACUCUGUUCGAUAAGUUCGGAGCUUGUGAGGACGGCUACAUCGACUACAGCCGGUUUUCCUCCAGGUUUCAAGAGGUUUCAGAGACUCUCAACUUGGCGUCAUUUGGCGCAGGAGCAGCUCCGACUCAGUGGGAAGAGUUUGUGGCCAGGAUAGAUGAGGAGUUUGUCCUCUCUGAAAGUCUCAGGGAGCAGCUGGCUAACCUUUACCAGGCCAUUCACUCCUCUGCAAACACAACUCUUCUGCAGGCGUAUGAGGAAACCAUCCACUCCCUUGUCAGUCUAAGCCUGGAAAACAAACUAGUGAGUGAACAGUUGGAGACCAGUUUGAAGAGAGCUGAAGAGUUAAAUACCAGUCGGCUGGCAGAGCUGGAGGACGACAUUCAGCAACAGUUAGCCCAAGCAGAGGAGCGGGCCAGAGACGAGGUGAGUGCUGAGCGAAAGAAAAUGGAAGGAAUCAUAGCAACCAUGCAGAGGAAAUACAACGAUGAGAUUGCAGAUCUGCAUGCAACAGCUGAUCAACUGUUAAUGAACCAGGAGAGCUCUGAACUAAACCACGCAAAAGAUGAGGUGAUCAAACUGAACAAGCAGAUCAGUGAUCUCUUACAGGAAAAGGAGCAGUUGCGAAGUUCUCUGGUGCAAAACCAGACAAACAUGGCUGGACUCCACUCUGAACUGGAGAAGCUGAAGAACAUGUUUGGAGAGCAAAAAGCCCAGCAUGAAAGAGAAACAGAAGUAUUAAAAAAGAUGGUGACAGAAUAUCAGUCGUACUCUAAUCACAUUCAGAUCCUCCAGGAAAUGAACAAGAAGCUUUAUGACAGUAAUGAUGGACUGCGCUCAGCUUUAGCCAGUCAAACGGUUGCAGCUAAAAGGAGGCUGUCUCCUCAAGACGAAAUCCCUGCCAGGAGAAUGAAACCUAUUCGACAGAGCACACUCAAUCAUGGCAGAUCCAAGCAGAACCCCAGCAUCUUCCGCGUGUCCACCUGGGCUGACCGGUACCUGGACAGCGGCUUGCCAAUGGACACGGUUGAGAGCUCAGCCAGUGACUAUGAUACUGACGACAGCAUGAGUUCUGUGGAAACUGUGCACCACAGUUACUCGUUCAUCCCGUCAGACAUAGAGAUAUCAGAGGUUAGGGCCGAGGCUGCAGUCUCUGUAGCUCCCAGCCAAACCAGCUCCAUCACUUCAUCCCUGCGAAAACGCUUGUCUGCCUUUCCCACCAAGCAGUUAGGGGACAACAUCACAGUGACAGAAGGACCUUCACCAGUGUACCGUGUUGUUUUAGCAGGAGAUGCAGGAGCUGGAAAGUCCAGUUUUCUGUUGUGGUUGACACUCAAUGAAUUUAGAGCAGACAUUCAGACAACGUUGGGUAUUGAUUUCCAGAUGAAGAAGAUGCAGGUGGACGGCGAGAUGAUGAGUCUGCAGAUAUGGGACACGGCCGGUCAGGAAAGGUUCCGUAGCAUUGCCAAGUCCUUUUUCCGUAAAGCUCAUGGAGUCCUGCUGCUUUAUGAUGUUACCUCAGAAAAGAGCUUUCUGAACGUCAGAGAGUGGAUAGAUCAAAUUCAGGAAUCCACAGAUGAAAAAAUUCCUUUUUGUAUUGUCGGAAACAAGGUGGACCUCCGGGAGCAACUUCCUGAAGGAAGCUGCGUUUGCAGCUCACAUGGAGAAAAGCUGGCCAAGGCGUACGGCGCCAUGUUCUGUGAAACGAGUGCCAAGGAAGGAACCAACAUUGUCGAAGCUGUGCUUCAUCUAGCACGAGAAAUAAAGAAAAAUGGCAAAUUGAGGUGGGAGUCAGAAUCUCAGAUCAUAUUGAAUGAAACUCUCCCAAAGAAGGUUGUUAAAGGUUGCUGUGGACUGUAAACAUGAGGACAGAAUAAUGAAGAAUAUCAUGCUGCUUGUAUCUCAAAAAGGAACAACAUUAAGCUUGUUUACAUUUGUUUUUACUUUAUUCUAUUUCACCUCUUAACUGUAAACAUAGUUUUGUGAAGGGUUACUCUUUGGUCAAAAUGAAGGUUUUUGUAGUAAACUGCACAUGUAUAAAUACAAAUUGACAUAAUGUAUUUUGUCAAAAAUAUUUAAGCUUUUAUAUUUAUUUGGAAAUGGAUAACGUGAAUUAGGAUUUAGCCUAAAUAUAUUUAAUCAUUUUAAGAGUUUGUCAAAUGUUUUUAUUAAAAUCUCCCUUUGUAAUCAGGACUGUAAUGCUAACAGAGAUGUAUUUGUUUAGAGGAUUACAUUUACCAACAUCUCCUUCAAUAUUUUAUGGUAAAAUAUAUUUUAACAUUUGGACUUUGUGGAGUCCAAAUGUAAUUUUGAGCUAUUUUACUUAGUGUUUUUUUUUUUUUACACUUUUUAAAGCAUCUUUGUAAGCAAAAAUAAAGGCAAUCCCUUCCCCAAAUAAAA